UUGUUUCAGCAAAACAUUGAGGUGACCCUUUGGCAGUGAGCAUUUGGAAAGCGGUCUGUAACCACGAGAGAGUGGGAGCGAGCUGGCAGCAUUACUAUCACAAGGCUCAUUUCCCAGGAGCUGCACACUGACUUGGUCCUGUCGUUUGGAAUGCAUGGAGCUCCUCAGGAUGGUGGGCCAGUCUCUCCUGCUCCUUUGCCUCACCGGGUCCCUCGCCAUCCUGCCUGCCUUUAGCAGAGACAAGAACAACACCACCUCAGGAUCAGCAGCAGAGCAGCGGAGGAGGUGCCCGCUCAGGUGUGUCUGCACCUCGGAGACAACAGUGGACUGCAGUGGGGUGGACCUCAGCACCUUCCCGAGGAACCUCUCAGCAGAUACCCAACACCUGGCCCUGCAGAACAACCGGCUGGAAGACAUUCCCGUCGAGUACUUGUCCAGGCUGACCAAACUGAGGACCCUCAGCUUGCACAACAACAGGAUCCUGUCCCAAGGCUUACCUGAUAAAGCGUUCACAUCUCUCCAACAGCUGGAGUACCUGUACUUGGCGAACAACAAGCUGACAGUAACCCCCAGGCAGCUGCCCAACACCCUGAGCAUCGCUGACUUUGCUGGCAACCACCUGACAGAGAUCUUCGCUCUCACCUUCGGGCACAAGCCGAAACUCAGGUCGGUGUAUCUCCACAACAAUAAUCUGACCAAUGCUGGCCUCCCCAAGACCAUGUUCAGUGGCUCGGACAUGGUCAAUAUUUUAAUCCUAUCCAACAAUAAUCUGACCCGGGUUCCCGAGAUUCUUCCAUCUCAACUCAUCCAGCUGCAUUUACAGAACAACAGAAUCUCGAAGAUUCCUAAAGAUGUCUUCAGUCAUUUGGAGCACCUUCGAGAGUUGUACCUGCAAAACAACAGGCUGUCCAAUGCAGGUAUUCAUUCACAAACUUUCAGUAAAAUGAAAGGCCUGCAGUACCUGGACUUAUCCAACAACAACCUGACGAAGGUGCCUGAAGGACUGCCUUCCAACAUCGUGGUGCUGCAGCUGGGGAGAAACCGGAUCACUUCGAUCUCCAGGCACAGUCUGAACAGGAUCCGUAACCUGGAAUACCUGCUGCUGCAACACAACAGGAUCACGGCGGGCCGAGUACACAAGGAAGCCUUUGGGGAGUUGCGGAAGCUGCAUACCCUUCACAUCUUCAACAACCCGCUGGGUAAGAUCCCAGCCGUGCUGCCACGCCGCCUCAGCUCGCUCAUGCUGCUCCACAACGCCAUCCUCAAGAUCGGUGCCGACGACUUCGCUUCCGCCUACCACCUGACCGACCUCAACCUGAGCCACAACAGGCUGCGCAGCGCUCGCCUGCACAGGCUGGCCUUCAGAAAGCUUCGCCGGCUGGAGAGGCUCGACCUGUCCGCCAACCGGCUCAGCCUGCUCCCCAGUGGGCUCCCACCCAGCCUGCUCGCCCUCAGGGCGCAGGGCAACCAGAUCAGCCAACUCCCCACCGACGCCCUGCUCCAUCUGAGCUCGCUGAAGGAACUGCACCUCCAUCACAACCUGCUGACAAUCGGCAAGAUCGCGCCGGGGGUCUGGAGAAACGUGCCGAACCUUAAGUUGUUGGAUCUGGGACAUAAUGACUUGUCCUAUGUGCCUCCAGAUCUUCCUGAGUCCCUGGAGUACAUUUAUCUGCAGAAUAAUCGCAUUACAACUAUCACCUCUGACUCCUUCAUCUCGACACCAAACAUUAAAGUCAUAGCCUUGAGGUCCAACAGGCUGACCUCCGCGGGAGUCCGGAAGGGGUCCUUCGGGGGCCUGAGGUAUCUGCAGGUUCUGGAUCUGACCAGCAACCCGGAGUACAUCAACGUCUUCCUGCACAGCACCACCCAGGGCACAGCAGCUAGCAACAGGACAACCGGCCGGCAGGGAUAAGGCGCACAGAGACUGCCGAGAAAAGCUAACCAAAACAGCAGCUUACAACAGAGAUGAUACAUAAAAUAACCAGAGACAAUCCACCGAGUGACCAACUGAAGAAAUCAGUGAGGGACCAGUCACAGCAAUGUAUACCACUGGAGAAUCUCUGCAUUAAAGUAAACAUAUAGUUCCUGUAAUAGUCAGAUCUGUUAUAAUGCAAGCAUAGGAUUUGAAUGGAUAAGUGAUUCGGCUCGAUCAGUUUCAGGUUACAAUAACACAGUCAGGAGUACAAAGCAACCCUCCCAGGCAGAUGGUCUACAGGGAACUUAUUCCCAGGCCUCAGUCACAGCUGCUUAAAUGGUCCGUAGUGAGGUAACAGCAUCACGGCUUUCAGUUUUCAUUCACCUCUGUGCGACAUCUUGGAAACGUCCCUCCACGUUAAAAAUAGCAGUGGCCCAGUGGUUAACACUGCUGCCUCACAACGCCAAGGGCCUGGGUUCGAUUCCACACUCUGGCGACUGUCUAUGUGGAGUUUGCACAUUCUCUCCAUAUCUGUGAGUUUCCUCUGGGUGCGCCAGUUUCCUCCCACAGUCUAAAGAUGUGCAGGUCAGGGUGGAUUGGCUAUGCUAAAUUGCCCAGAGUCCAGUGAAGUGCAGAUUAGGUGGGCUAACCAUGGGAAAUGGAGGGUUACAGGGAUAGGGAAUGGGAUGCUCUGUAUGGACUCAGAGGUCUGUAUGGACUUGAUGGGCCAAAUGGGCUGCCUUCACACUGUAGGGAUUCUCAGUAAUUGCUGCUGUCUGGCAGGCAGUUCAAGUGAAACCACUCCAGUUCCACAGGGCUCCUCUCUCCGAGAGAGACGACUGCUUGUGGUAUAACCAGAGGGCCACCCAUACCUCAGGCAAGGGGAGAGAUAGAGAAGGAGAGUCCUUCAUGGUAACCUCACGUGAUGUGGGAAUUGAACCAACUCUUGUUGGCAUCACAAACCAGCCAUCCAUCCAACUGAGCUAACCAACUCCCAGACAAUUGACGUAGAGGGAGGAAAACACAAUCACACGGAUUGGGGAGUGAGGCAGAUUUCCAGGGCUUUUUACUUUUCAGAAAGUCUUUUCAAGUCUUCCUGAGCCUCCACUGAACCAUUUAAUAUUGCAAUCCCUCAUUUUUGCCUUUACUCCAGAUUUCUUGUUGCUGCGUAUGAACCUUCACAGGUAUAGCCUUGAAGGGUGCAGUACUAAUUCCUAUUGGACUAGGAGAGAGAAAAAAAAUAUUUUUUGACUGUUUUCUUUUACUGAAUUUCAUUACAUAAAGAUAUGGAAUCUAAUAUAAACAAAUGCUUACCGCAGG